AUGGACUACAUUGUGGACCCCCCUCCCUCAUUUGGUCUUUGUGGACUGGGUUCACAGAAGGAGAGGCGAGAGGUGGAGUCAUUGACAGACGGGUCCCGCAGUCAGACGUGGCGCAGCCUCAUUGGCUCAAGCGACGUGGCCGCGCACCCUGAUUGGUUGCUGCACCGUGGCUUAGGCCAGGUGCGGGCGUCGGCUCCCUCAUUCCCCAUUCGGCGGUCAACGAGCGAGAAAAGAACGAGAGCGAGAGAUAGAACGGAAGAGAGGGAGAGCGAUAGAGAAGGCAAGGCGGAGGGGAAGGAGAGGGCGCAGGGCACCAUGCUCCGGCGGCCGUCCAGGGCACCGGCGAAGUGGGCCCCAGCGCGGAAUAGAGAGAAGAGGAGCAAGGCAGAGAGGGGAAAGGAAGGGAUGCAGAGCGGCGGAGGGGAACGCGCCGGCGGCAGCGAGGCCCGGCUGCGCGGCAAGGCAGGGCAGAGUAGACGGAGGAGCAGAGCACGGCAGAAGGGAGAGAGCGAGGCAGAGGGAGAGAGAUGGGCAGAGGCUGACCGGAGGGGGAAGGGGAAUGGGCAGAGCACGGCGACGGCGGGCGCUCGGCAGCGGCGUUUGGCUCCGGCGCGGCGGCUUCGACGCGGAGAGGCAGUGCGACGGCGGCAAUGCUCGUCGCUCGCGGGAAGCGCGGCGCCCCGGCAGCGAGGCGAAGAAGAGAAGGAGAGGGAGCUCGGGAGAGGAGGAGUGACUGGAGCCCGAGCUCGGGGGCGAGUCUCGUCGUCGGCCAUGGCUGGCUUUUUAUAG